CGUGGGAAACGAACCCACAACCCUGGCGUUGCAAGCGGCAUGCUCUACCAACUGAGCUACACGGGACCUCCAUUACUAUAUAUGUUUAUUUAUUGACUUAUUUUUAACUGUUUGUUUGUUUUGCUAAAAUCUAAUUUGUUGUGUCAGGUUAAGGUUUAUUUUCAAUUCAAAUAUCAGUUUAACAUUGGGCACAAUCAAACAAGGAUAAUCCAGAUUGAGAUAGGCUUCAUGUUUUAUUUCUUCAGGUUCAUUUUCCUUGCCUGAUGACUCAUCCUGAAUUUUAUUCCGCUGUUCUAUCAUCGUUCCAUACGUCUGAAACUGCCAUCCAUCCUAGAAGUCGUUUGUGCCGACUUCAAAAUGACAUGAUUCAUGUAGGCCGGCUCUGGCCCAACCCCAUCGGUUUCUGGGACCAAUCAGAAUGUAUUUGCGUUCUCAAAGCGUCUGGGAGGAAAGCAAAUCCAGACUCAUCGUGGAGAAGAAACGUUAGUGGGCGUGCUGUUUGGCCGGAGCGGUGUGACUGGGUAGCCAGGCAAUAAUUUUCCUAGAAAAAGUUAUAAUGUUUGAACUCAAAAGACAUGGCCUUUAAACCCACAAUAUAUAUAUGUUUUUUAACAGUGGUCAUCUCUUGAUGGAAUAGAUACUGAGUUUGAGUUGGUCUCUGGAUGCUGACUAGCCCAUGAAUGGGCUAGCUAGAUGCUGGCUCUGCUGCUGGUUGAAUGUUGAAGAGGUAUGACCCAAUCCACAUCUCAGCAGCAUGUUUUGAAAAGGGGCGGGUGUACGGAACGGAAGUAGUUACUCUGUUCAAGGACAUUACACUUCCGGUUGAAAUACAAAAUUUUUGCAGCGCCGUGGGAGCUAACGGGGUGUGUAUGAAUGAGGACAUGUCUACUCUCAUCGACAGGACGAUGAGGAUGAGGAGGGAGGAGCAGGCGCGCCAGGUGGUCCUCGCCUGGGCAGUCCUCAAUGUGUCGCUAGCUGGCAUGAUCUACACUGAGAUGUCAGGAAAACUGCUGAGCCUGUACUUCAACAUCUCUUAUUGGCCUAUCUGGUACAUAGAGUUGGCCUUCGCCUCAGUCUUUAGCCUCAACGCCCUGUUUGACUUCUGGAAGUACUUCAAGUACACCAUGGCCCCCUCCACAAUCGCUGUUACCCCUGACCAGCACUGCCUUCUUGGCCUCAGAAACUCAGGUAUCCAGGCGUCACCCCCGCUGAAGCAAGAGAAGCAGGAGGCUCAAGCCCCGGCUCAGUCGUCGCCCCUCCAGGGUCAGAGUGUGCUCAGCUUCAGUCCCUCCAGGCCGGCCAGCACCAGCCCCAAGUUCUCCCCCAGCUGUGUUCCCGGAUACAGCCCCCUUUUGAGCAGCCCGUCCACACCGGGCAGCGGGGGACACUUCUCUCCCUCCCUGGCCUUUGGAAAGUUGAACUACAGCCCCCCCUCAUCCUACCCCAGCAGCAUUGGCCCAGUGGAUGGCUCCAGCCUGAGGGCACGCUACCGCACCUCUCCCUCCGUGUUCAACUCCCCUGGGGGCAAGGAGGACUACAUGGAGUCCCUGAAGACCCUGGACAGGUUCCUCCGCUCCGAGGAGGAGAAGAGCCACCGCAGUCAGUUAGGGAGCCCAGAGUCGGUGUCGCCCUCCCACAGCCCCACAUUCUGGAACUAUAGCCGCUCGGUGGGGGACUACGCCCAGAGCCUGAGAAAGUUCCAGUACCAGCCAGCCUGCCGCUCCCAGGCCCCCUCAGCCAGCAAGGACGAGACGGAUCUGGGCUCCAAACAGGCUGCCGAGGAGGUUUGGGCCAGAAUCACAACCAGUCGUCACGUGGUGGACAGCAUAGACAGCUGGAUGGCCAAGCUCAGAAAUUGGAUAAAUGACACCAUUCUAGUGCCACUGGUGAAGGAGAUGGACUCAGUGAAUGGCCAGCUAAGGAGAAUGGGCUGCUCUGAGCUCCAGAUCGGAGAAGCCAGUAUAGCCAGCCUAAAACAGGCUGCUGUUUUGAAGGCCUCAGUUAUCCCCACCAUGCCUGCUAUUGUGCAGUAUCUGGACAUCACCCCUAACCAAGAGUAUCUAGUGGAGAGAAUCAGAGAGCUGGCCCAUAGUGGCUGCAUGAGUUCUUUCCGCUGGAACAGGGGCGGGGAUCUCAAAGCCAGGAAGUGGGACACAGACCUCCCUUCAGACUGUGCUAUCCUCAUGCAUGUGCUGUGCACAUACCUGGACUCCCGACUCCCGCCGCACCCUAAGUACCCCGACGGAAAGACCUUCACCUCGCAGCACUUCACCCAGACGCCAGACAAACCUGACGUGACGAAUGAAAACCUAUUCUGCAUUCACCAAAGUAGCACCAAUCCCCCACACUACCAACUCAUCUACCAGGGCCAUGUCUACAGCCUGCCCAAGGGAAGGAACAACCUGUUCCACACUGUUCUCAUGUUCCUCUUCGUCAUCAAAACCAAGGAGUCUGGGAUGCUGGGGAGAGUAAAUCUGGGCCUAUCAGGUGUGAACAUCCUGUGGAUAUUUGGGGACUGAUGCAAUCUAUCUCUAUUCUUGAGCAUUUCACAGCAGAAUGUCUCCAAGGUUUGUUUGUGAAACAAUAAAUCGUAGCUUCUGAUAACAAGACUAUUCUGUAGAUGUUAGUUACCAUAACUGUCCUCAGAUUUAGGUUAAGGAAGCACUUACGAGAGUAACAUUUUGUUGUACAUUUGUUCAGUCAUUUUUCUUAGAAACAGCAGACCACAUUUUCUCAGUUUUAUUUAAUUUGAAAGUAGCUAUUGUCAUUUGUGACAUUUUAAAAUCAAAUGAUUACAAAGACCAUUACAUUUAGUUUGAUAUUAUGGUUAAUCAAAAACAACAGUACUGUAUUUUAACUCUGCAUCCACAAUUGACUCCAUUUUGUAAGUAUUUUGCGAAUGUAUCAGGAUAGUGUCCUUGUAAAUAGUAUACCACAGGUUUGUCUGGUGGAUUGCAUUGGGUUGAACCCUCCUGACUUGAAUGUAUGUUAGUGUGUUUUCCUUUUUGUAUGAAUUGUUUGUGAGAGCUUGAAUAUUGCAGCUAGAAUGCUUGAGUUCUUUCUUUUUGUUGAGUGACACGCUUUGGAGUGGUAGUAAUGUUACCCGCAUAAGAAAGCAUGCCUUUGUUUACUAGGGCUGCAGUUACUUGCAUUAGCAUGCACAAUAUGUCUAUUCUAACUAGAAGUUUGUUCCACAAUUCAAAUGCUAGAUACAAAGCCAUGUACGUGGUAUGCCUUUUCGAAUUUCAAGAUAAUGGAAGGUUCGAAGUAAAUUGCUGUUAUUUUUAUUGUCAAAAUGUCUUUGCUUGGAGAAUUCUGAUGUAUACUGGUCAAAGAGGUGCCUUUAUGAUAGGUUGUGUGAAUGUCAUUCAUUUUGAUAAAAAGGGAGGCUAAUUAAAAACUGGUAAAGGGCUGCAUGGACUUGUGUGGGCUCAUGAGGACUCCAAUGCACUCCAAACCCCCUCAUUCAAUAAUUUUGAAUUGUUUGUAGUGAUGUGUUUUUCAAUUGAGACAUGGAAAUAAACAUAAUUGAUUGAA